AUGGUCGUGAAAGCCGUCGUGUUUGACUAUGGUGGCGUGCUGGUCAGCUACGACCAAGUCGGAAAAUUCUUGGCCGAGCUCGCCAAGCAGUUCGAGGUGACGGACGAUGCGUUCCACGCAAAGAAGAAAGUGCUCUUCGAUCUGUUCCUCAACAGCUCGGACCUCAUGACCGGCAAGCUCAGUCUGGAGGAGUUUGAGGCCAACGGCAUGGUGGAGGCGGUCAACAAGAUCUUCGGCACCACCCGCACCGAGUCGAUCGGCUGGUUCCAGCGCUUCUCCAAGCCCGACAUCUUCAGCAAGCACAAAAUCAUGUUCGAUUUCAUCGCUCAGCUGCGCAGAAAUGGCAUCAAGACCGGGCUUUUGACGAACAACUUCUGGGUGGACAAGGAGAAAAAACACGACUGCACCCCCGUCGACAAGGCCCUCUUUGACUCGAUCGUAGAAAGCCGCGAGGAGGGCUGUGAGAAGCCAGAAUGGAAAAUCUAUGAUCUCUCCCACUCUCGACUCCUCAAAGUUGACCCUAGCAUCAAGAAGGAAGAAGUCCUCUUCCUCGACGAUCUGCAGCUGAACCUUGAUGGUGCUGAGAAAUACGGAUGGAGGGGUGUCUUGGUCGAGAAUACCAGCGACCCAUCUUCCACUAUCAAAAAAGCCCAGGAAAUCAUUGAGAAGGAAAACGGAAGCGCGCUCAAGGCU